AUGAUUCUGGGGUUCAUUCUUCUCGGGCUUACGGUUCCUGCGACUCUGUUCAUUCAGUCCAGAUUGCCUAAGAAAGAGGGACCUGUAUUAAACUGGCCAGAUUUUACUAUCUUUCGCAUUCUCAGGCUUACCUUGUCGGCAAUCGGAAUCUUCUUCAUAGAAUGGAGGCUAGUCAUACCAAUCAUUUACAUCAUUUCUUACUCCACGACGUUACCCGGCAGCAAUGUCCACUCGUACACAAUCCUCUUGAUUCUCAGUGCAGGGUCUGCCAUCGGGAGGUUUCUCCCGGGCCUUGCUGCCGACAACCAUGGAAGAUUCAAUAUCACAUGCAUCCUUAUCACUCUUGCCGUGGAUGAUGAUGGCCAGCUUGGGCACCCGCAGUAG